CGCGCGCAGAUUCUUACCCACAAUGCACCGGAGCGGUUGAGGGCGCCAUCUUUGUAACGCCGUGUUGGGAAUCAAACGCGCUGUUAGCUUAACGUUUGUUUGUGUGGGGUUUUUAUGUUUGCCGGCCUCUUAGCGUAACAAUGGGGGUAAAGGUGCCACGUCCGCGCUGCUUCUUUGACAUCGGCAUCGGAAACACAUUAGUCGGCCGUGUGGUGUUCGAGCUUUUCUCUGACGCGUGUCCCAAGACCUGUGAGAACUUCCGCUGUCUCUGCACAGGCGAGAAGGGAAUCGGAAAGACGACACAGAAACCGCUGCACUACAAGGGCUGUCUGAUCCACAGGAUUGUGAAGGAUUUCAUGAUCCAAGGAGGAGACUUUAGUGAAGGGAAUGGCCGAGGUGGUGAAUCCAUAUACGGAGGAUUCUUUGAAGAUGAGAGCUUCUCUAUGAAACAUAAUAAGGAGUUCCUGCUGUCUAUGGCGAACCGAGGCAAAGACACCAACGGCUCACAGUUCUUCAUAACUACAAAACCUACUCCUCAUCUGGAUGGGAUUCAUGUGGUGUUUGGUCAGGUGAUCUCGGGCCAGGAGGUGAUCCGGACCAUUGAGAGUCAGAAGACGGACCCUAACAGCCGACCGUACGCCGAGGUCAAGGUGCUCAGCUGUGGCGAGCUCGUCCCUAAAUCCAAAGUCAAGAAGGAAAAGAAGAAGAAACAGCAGUCGUCCAGUGAGAGCAGCGACGACUCUUCGUCCUCCUCGGAGACUUCUGACGAAUCCGAGGAGUCUGACAAGGAGGACAAGAAGCACAAGAAGAAACAUAAGAAGGAGCUGAAGAAGAAGAAGAAGGAGCAGAAACACAAGAAGAAAAAGGAGAAGGGGUCAGACGAUGAGGAAGAAGCCAAAGAGGCAGAGCCACCGCAGCCAGUUUCGUCUGUCCGUCCAGAGGAAGUCCCACCCAUCCCAGAGAACCGCUUUCUGAUGAGACGCAGUCCACAGCCUCAGCCUAAAGAAAAGGAGGAGCAGGCGAAGGACAAACCUAAGGAGAAUCCUGGGAAAGAGCGGCAAAGAGAAAGGGAGAGGGACCGAGAGCGGGAAAGAGAGCGGGAGAGGCCCAUGAUGAACUCGCGACCAAAUCGCACACGCCUGGUGAUGACUCGUUCCGGCCGGAGAAUUAAAGGAAGAGGCCCCAGGCGCUAUCGGACUCCGUCGCGGUCUCGCUCUCGUUCCUGGGAUCGUUUCCGGCGCAGCGAGACUCCUCCUCACUGGAGACUGGAAAUGCAGAGGACCCAGAAGGCCAAACCCAAUACACAGAGCACGCAGGAGCGCUGGAUCAAAGGAGACAAAGGGGAUGCGUCUCAGGACAAGCCCGAGACUGCAGAGCAGCCGGAAAAAGAGAAAGCUGACAUUGAACCCUCACGAGAGAGGAAGGACUCUGAGCGAGAGAAGAAAAGCUCCAAGAGGAACAAAUCAAGCAGCCCAGACAAAGGACGAGAGAGGAAGAGUGGCAGACACCGAUCCAGGAGCCAGGAGAGGGACAAACGGAAAAAAGCAGAUGGAGAGGCGGAAAAGAGAAAGGGCCGGAGUCGCAGCAAGGAGAAGAAAGGAGAGGAGGAGCAGAAACGUAGCAGAACCAACGAUAAAAGGGGCCAGUCCAGUAGCAAGGACAGGAAAGACAAAGAGGCAAGAAAGGACCGAGAGGACAGCAAGAGUAAGAGUACAGAGCAACCGAAGCAGCCUGAGAGAGACACGAGGGACAAGAGGGAGGAAGCUAAAAAGACAAAGAACGGAGAGACCCGACGUGAACGUUCACGGAGCCGAGAAAGAGAGCGUGACGGCAGGAGACGCUCCAGGUCUGGGUCCCGGUCCAGAUCGAGAGGACGUGGUAGACGAGAGAGGUCACGCAACAGAGGUCAGGGCAAGCGACGAAGCAGCAGCCGGGACAGGAAGUCACGCCGGUCAAGAAGCAGGGAUCAAAGAGACCGAGGCAGAGAACAUGCGAGAGGCAAAGAGGAUGAAGAGAAGAAGAGCGACGUAAAAUCUGAUGACACGAAGAGCAAAGAGAGCAGAGCGAGAGACCAGAGCUCUAAAGAGCGGUCCAGUCAAAAACGCCGGAGCAGAGAGAGAAGCGCAAAGCGGAGACGUGCGAAAAGCAGCAGCAGCUCCGACAGCGACACGGACAAACGCAAAAAAUGCAGGAAGAGCGAGAGCCCCAAAAGCAGAGAGAGGGCAAAAGACAAAUCACGCAGCCCCAAGAAGGAUAACAAGAAUGAGAAAAAGGACUCGAGCUCCAGUGACAGUGACUGAUACUUCUCAUGAUGGCCUCCAACAUCCUCUCUACACCUCAUCCAGUCUACGGACUACUGACCCACCGAUCCCAUGCGUCUGUUUUCAGUAACGAGCUCAGAGCUCUGAGUGCCACUGAUAUCGAACUCAUGUCAGACUGACGACUUUUUUUUUUUUUUUUUUUUAAGUCAACAGUUUGGCCAACUUUGUUUUCUAAUCAUCUCAAAUGUAGAUAAACCAAGAUGUGUUUGAUUUCUGACAUUUGCUUCUUUUUCGCUAACAAGUAACGACAAAUCAAAUUUGGGCUAGUAAAAAAAAAAAGUCUUAUCUUCAGUCGCAUGCUUAUAGUCGCAUGAAGUAAUUAUUUAUAAAAAAAAAAACAAUUUAACAAAAGCUAUUCAAUGCAUUUAAUUCAUACAGCAGUGUCAAGCCCAACUCGUGAGUAGUGCAGCAGGUCGUUCACGCCAUUGUGAAUUCUGUUGUUUUUUUCCUCGGGUUGUCGGAGAGAAGAAGAAAAACACUGCCAACUCCUAACCUACUGAGCCCAAGUGUCUCCUGGGUAACUGUGAAUAAAAACCUAAGGGACCCGAGUAAUCCACCCCUGAGUAAUCCACGUUCCAUUAGUUAUUAGUUCCAUUUUCCCAUCUCAAAGCUCCAGUAAAGAAGCAAACAUCAGACCCAAACACAUCCUGUUUCUUCAGCUACAUUUGAACAUUGUGAACCUGUUCAUUAAGAACGGUAGCUGUACUAAGAAAAAAAAAAACGUAUCUGAUUCAGACUUCAAUCAUCUCUGCGAUGUGUUCUCUCUAAAGCUUUGAUCGUGUCCCAAAUGAACCCAAACUUCUCUUGCAGGAUAAAGUCGAGCGUCCCGUGUGCCUGGCUUUAAACAGGAGCGGUAAUUAUUCCGACGUUUGACCUCGGUCUGAUUGUACCGGUCGUAAUGUCUGCCUUUUGAGGGUAAAACCGAAUGUCCCUGAACGAACUUUUUGCUUGCACAGCCGAGAGAACACGAUUCAGACUCGUGUUUCUUGAAGUAAAUGGCUGGUGUUCUUUAUUUCCUCUUUUCCCACCAAGCUGUUUGCUGGAGCCGUAUUUCAAACUGGAUCCAAUUUUAGUUAGCGUAAAAAUGGAUGAUCGUGCUUUUUCCUGAGGUCCUGCGUGACCCAUGUUGCUGUACUGCUCGGUGUUUAGUGAGACACAGGAUAGGAAUUUUGGAAAAUUUUGGAGUUUUUUUAAUGGGGUUUUAUGUUUGUAAUAAUGUCUACAUACAAGUGUCGGUUCUGUUUGGAAAAUUAAACCCGAUUCUGAAAAUA